AUGGUAGCGGUGCGUCUAUCGUUGCGGUUUGCAGUGUAUCUGGUGGUGGUGUUCGGAUGGCAACAGGCGAUCGAUCGUUGCGCCGGUAACGUGAUCCUGAACGACAACAGCUUGGACGAGACGGAGCCAGUGAUCGAUCUGUCGCAUCUCGGUCCGGAGUUGUACGGUUUGCCGGACGAAGCCGUCGGCAAGCGGGUGGCCGAGUUCAAUCCAGCGACCGACGGUGGUAACGUCGAAGAACUGGGCAGCUACCUCGAGGGCGACAUUCUGAUCGAUCGUCCCGAAGGACGUAACGGUCUGGCGAGCACGUCUACCCGUUGGCCCAACGGAGUGGUACCGUUUGUGAUAUCCGGAAACUUCGAUGCCAAAGGAAUGCAGCUGAUCGAGGAGGCCAUGAAGCAGUUCCACGCCAAAACGUGCAUCCGUUUCAAGCCACGGAUGGCCGAAAAGGACUACAUAUCGAUCGAAAGCUCCUCCAGUGGUUGCUGGUCCAGUGUGGGGCGGAUCGGUGGCAAACAGACGGUUAACCUGCAGAUCCCCGGGUGCACAUCGCUCGUUGGAACCGCGAUACACGAGUUAACGCACGCCGUCGGGUUUCUGCACGAACAGAAUCGUGAAGAUCGCGAUGGCUAUGUGACAAUCCGGCAUGAAAACAUUAAAGCCGGUACGGCUAGCAAUUUCGAUAAGGCGCAGACCGGUUCAACCAACAGUUUUGGCGUCCAGUACGACUACGGUAGCAUCAUGCACUAUUCGGAGAAUGCAUUUUCCUCGAACGGCAAACCCACGAUCGUGGCCAAGGAACCACUCGGUGACACCAAAAUGGGCCAACGGGACGGAUUCUCAUGGAGCGACAUGGAGAAGAUCAGUCGGAUGUACAACUGUCAGAAGGCCGGAACCGGUGGUGGCAGUGGUGGUGGUGGCGAUGGUGGACAACUGAUACCCAGACCGCCUUCAUUUGGGCUGCUACCGUCCAACGGAGGUCAAGGAUAUCCAGGAACGGGCUACCCGGCGGGAUCAGCCACUGGCGGUGGGGUACCGUACUAUCCGCAACCUGGUGCGGGACCAUACUAUCCUUACGGGCCCAACGCUCACCCGUUUGGACCUUAUCGACCCAACGGGAUGAUUCCUUUUGGUUACGGGCCUUUCGGAUACGGUCCUUACGACGAGGUCGGAGAGCCUUCGGAGAAAGCCGAAUCUAACACUGUACAGUGA